AGCCGAUCCCCCUAAAAAAAAAACCAAGCCGAUCCCUCGUUUAAAUUGGAACCCCAUCGGCUACAACGCCCGCACGCCGCCGCCUCCGUUGCUUGUUUGCUCGCCUUCACAACGCCAUCCAGCGCACGCCGCCGCCUUCCUCCCUCCCUCCCUCUCCCUUCUCCGCUUCUCUCGAAUCCCUCCGUGCUCAAGCUCAACACGAUGGACGGCGCCUCCAAAGGGAGCAGCGGCGGCGAGAAGACCAGCGCCGACCAGAACGCUAGCCCCAACCCUCGCGCCGCCGGCGCAGGAGGAGACGACGGCGCCUCGCCCGCGGCGGCGGCGGCGGCGGUGGGGAGGCGGCCGUUCACGAGCCUGGGCCAGGAGGAGGCCGACCUUGCCCUCGCCCGCGUCCUCCAGGAGCAGGAGAGGGCGUACAUGAUGCUGAGCGGACGCGGCGGCGGCGACUACGCGAUCUCAGACGCCGGGAGCUAUGACUACGACGAGGAGGAGGGGAGCGACUACGAGGACGAGGAGGAGGCGCUCGACGAGGACGAGGAGGGGGCCGAGGCGGACCUGGACCUGGACCCCGCGCGGUACGAGGACGACGAGGCGUACGCGCGCGCCCUGCAGGACGCCGAGGAACGCGAGGUCGCCGGCCGCCUCAUGGGGCUCGCCGGGAUUGGUGACUGGCAAGCGAUGGAGCAGGAUGAUGAUGAUGAGGAGGAGGAGGAGGAGGAGGAGGAGGAGGAAGAUGGGGAUCAACAGGGUGCAUGGGAAGAUGUUGACCCAGAUGAAUACUCUUAUGAGGAGCUAGUUGCAUUGGGUGAAGUUGUUGGUACGGAAAGCAAAGGCCUAUCUGCCGAUGCUAUUGCUUCAUUACCUUCAGUAACUUACCAGGCACAAGACAAGCAAGAUGGCAACAUGGAACAAUGUGUUAUUUGUCGUGUGGAGUUUGACGAAGGUGAAUCAUUGGUUGCACUUCCUUGCAAACAUUCAUACCAUUCUGAGUGCAUAAACCAGUGGCUGCAAUUAAACAAGGUAUGCCCGAUGUGCAGCUCUGAAAUUUCCACUGUGAACAAGCAGGCAUGACUUUUGAAUUGGAAGAAAUAGCGGCAGCUUGAUAUUUAUCUUCUAUUGGUGAAAUGAAAGCAGCGUCAACUGUUGAACUGUGGAGAGAAACAAGGGAAAAGCCCCUGAGUUUGUGUCCCUGUUUUCUUCAGUUCAACUCCAACAGGCUGAGCCCUCCACACCUGCUGGCUUUCAUGACCAUGCCGCUGGUUAUUUAUGCAUUCGAUUAGAUGCUCAUGAUUCGUUAUUUGUAGAUGUAAAAUAACAAUCAUAUUGAUAGUCAAUAGUCAUUCUUUAAAUCUUUGUCGCUUUA